AUGUUAAAGGAUUUGGUAGUUAUUGAUCCGACACGAAGUCAUAACGAUGAGGAUGCACACAAGUCUUUAAUUUUAUUCCACGAAUUUGGCGAGACCGCAGGUGGUUCUUCUCUUAAUGAUAAGUUGAAUAGAGUUGGUAUCAUACAGGGUCUGUGGUCUCUUACUCAAUCCUUCGAAGGAACCGGGGACGAAGAAGAUGAAAAUGUGAUAGAAUUAGAUAAUGAGGUGAUACUAGUAAUCAAAGUCGAGUCCAGGUAUUUUAUGGCCAUAUCUAUAAACGAAUAUGAAUAUUUUGACAAUAACUCUAGUGAUGUAAAUAGUAUACCAUAUCAGUUUUAUUUAGGUCAUCUAUGGUUAUGUUAUAAAUUCUUCAUCCUAAAGCAUGGAGAAUUCUCAAAAUUUAAAGACAAUGCUAUUCUAACAAAUAAUCUUAAUGAACAUAUAAUAACAUUCUGGAAUGAUAUAUAUUUAAAACCUGAGACACUGAUACGGCAAGGUAUAAGUGUACUGUGGCCCAACACAUUUAAAAGAUCCGAAUUGGCCGAUCUUCUGAUGUCUGAAACAAUGACAACGACAGAUGAGGAAUCUUGGGACACCAUGAUAAAUAGAAGAAUAUUGUUGCAAGAAGAAAGCUAUUUAGGAGUUAAAGAUAUCUUAAUAUAUAAUCUUCCUUCAAAUUGCGAUAGUCAAGCACCAUGUGUAGCGGCUGAUAAAAAAUCAAAAAUAGGUACUAAAUAUUUUGGACUUGUUCAAAAUUUCUCUCAGACUUUUGAGAGUUUACCUGAUAUAUCUAACUGGAUUUAUCAUUUGACGCAACAAUAUGAUGUAAUUUCUAGUCAUGUUCUUGCUGGUAAUACACAUUAUAAGGAGGUUCCGACUACGGACGAUAUAGAUCAUAAUAACGCAGAUGGGACAACUGCAGGGAUAACCGGAAACGGGUUUUCUACAUUUAGGAAUAAAUUGUACCACAAUAUGACAUUACCGAUAUCGUUUGCAUAUGAUGUUGUGCAGGAAGUUGGUGUUACUACUGGUGUCUCAUCUAGCAUGUCCUACUUGAAAAAUUAUAUCCCAGCAUGGUCUUCCCCAACCAUAAAUAACCUGGAUAUUAGUCAUCCUGUAGAAGGGAAAAGAUACGGCUACUUGAUUUCACCAUUGGCUCAAUCUUCGUUACCUUCCAAUUAUAAGAUUAUAAAAUUAAAUCUUAAGUUUGGUUCACACCCAAAAUUCUACAACGUUUUAUUUUGGUACUAUGAAAAUAUGUUGGCUGUUAUAAUUUGUGAUGAAACGUUUGAAGCGAUUUGGAAUCAUAGUUAUUUGAACGAUUUAAGUUUUAUUCUUUCGUUAAGUAUGGAGAAACUUCACCAAAAUUUAGAAUCUGUUAAGAAACCAAUGCAAGAAAAUUUUGGAUAUCUCAUAGUUGAUAAAAAUAAAAGUAUUCCUGAAUUGAAAUCUUCUGUCCCUUCAUGUAUGGGACUCUUUAAUACAGGUCAAAAUAAUUCCCCCUUGAACUUGGUAAUUGAUGGUUUAGAUAAACUAUUUUCAAUGCCUAACUUGAGUAUAGAUAAAAAUGGUGAAAAUGUUUUAGGUAUUGAUAUUAUGGGUAGUCUAUUUCAAACCAGUAAAGCCACAGAAAAUUCAAAUAUUAUUAAACGGAACUCCCCUUAUAAUAAUACAUUUUUGGAUUCAAUGGAAGUAGACAAACUAUGGAUUCUUUACAAAGAAUUAUUGAUAUUUCUCAAUUCAUUAAAUAGAUCUGAUACUAAACCUGAUAUUUCCGAAGAGAGACUAUUAACUUUAAGCAAUGGUGUAUUGUGUUAUAUUAAAAACGAUCCUCAAAGGACAGUAAUCAUUUUGAAAAAUUGGUUUGAUAGUAAAUAUGAUGAUUAUCCCACAAAGGAGGUAACUCUGUUUAAUAAUUUGGGUAUAGACGUCACUAGUUGGUGGGUUAAGAAAAAAUAUGACGUGGAAGGGUAA